AUGGCCCGCAAACGAAAGCCCCUCCCAGAAGAAAUCUACCUGGAUCCCGCCACCAAGAAGGUGCGCUGUGAGGCCUGCAAGGACAACCCGAGCCCGAACCUCCCGAAACAUAGGUCGUCUUCGUCGGACUGGAUCUGGCGUCAGUCCCUUGGCGCGCACCUGAAAGCGCAGUCGCACCAGGCGAACGUCAAGCGGUGGAAGGCGGCCCGCGAGCGUGCGCGGAUCAUGUCCAAGGUUUCGUAUGUCGCUGCAGUUGCCAGCACGCGACGCGCACGGCGGCCUGCUGCAUCGGAUGCGGGUGAGCAGUCUGCGAGUGAGGAAGAUGGAAGUGAGGGAGAUGGGGAAGAGACGGAUCAAGAUGUGGACGAGGACGGCACGUCAGGCCAAGACACGUCCACACAAGAAGACUCCGAGCUGUGUUUCCCUGGUGUGAAGGAUGCAAACGGUUGUGUAGUACAGGACUCGCCAGAUUGUGAGACAGAAGCGCCAGUAUUGCACGUGCAGGUCGAGGGCAGCCGACGACUUGCAGAUGCCCAGGAAACAUAG